UUUUGUGCAGCAGAUUCCCUAAAAGAGUAAAGCCCUACUGUUAUAAGAUAGAUCUUUGAUUUGCAUUUUUGCAGAAGAUACCUAAAAACAGCAGAGCACCCCUGUAACGAACAGGAUGAUGGACUAGGAUUUUUGUCAUCGACUCCGAAAAACAGCAACCCCCUCCAAUUAUAUGGAAGAUAUUUGGCGCUUUUAUAGUCAGUCCUUAAAAGCAGUUCAACUCAGAUGUCAUGUGGUGUGGAGGAUCUCUGAUUAGCCUUUUUCCUUAAAAACGGCAGUGCACGGUCUGUAGGGGAUCUUUAAGUUGUGUUUUUGCAGUACAUUUAAAAAAACCCCCAAAACAAAACAGAUCAUAUCUUUAGCGCUAAAAUAGUGCUUCUUCGUCUUAAUUUGUGACUUGACUACCACUAGAAGUUAGUUUUGAUGACAUAAUAUACAAAAUGGGAAUAGUAAUACCAGGAACAAUUGCGUUGAACCGCCCUGUGCUAUAUAGGGUCAAUCAACAAGUGCAAAUAUCAUAUUUAAAUAACACAAAUGGUUAAGAGUAAGCUAGCAUUUAGCAUGUAGCAGAGGCUAAAGUCGCCGGCUUGCUUCCGCACCGCCGGGCUUUUUUUUGGGCUCCAACGGUGGUUUAAAACAACAACAAAAAGGGUAGAGCGUUGUGUGUGUGUGUGUUAAGGGGGGGAAUUAACGUUAACGCGACCGCCCCCUUGCCCAACGGAUCCUGCAACGGCUGGCUGGCUGGCUCCUUCGCCACAGUCAUGUGAUUGUAACGUAAAACCCCCUAAACCGGAAAACAACCGACGACCCUCUCCGCCGCCGCUACAAAGCUGCUGAGAGCCCAGAGAGGACGGACGGACGGCGCAGAGCGAGAGUCCCCCACCCCGGUGACAAACAGACGGUGGCGGCGGCACGGCAACGACGAUUCAGACGGACGGCGAGUACUAAGGUUGAAGAAUGGAGUUGGCCAACCACGGUCUUAUCCUGCUGCAGCAGCUCAACGCUCAGAGGGAGUUUGGCUUCCUGUGCGACUGCACGGUGGCUAUAGGAGACGUCUUCUUUAAAGCCCACAAGGCCGUGCUCGCCGCCUUCUCCAACUACUUCAGAAUGCUCUUCAUUCACCAGGACAGCGACUGCGUGCGUCUGAAGGCGGCCGACAUCCAGCCCGACAUUUUCAGCUACCUUCUCAACCUGAUGUACACUGGCAAGCUGGCCCCCCAGCUCAUUGACCCCGCUCGGCUGGAGCAAGGCGUGCGCUUCCUCCACGCCUACCCUCUCCUGCAGGAGGCCAGCCAGUCGGCGUACUCCCACCCGGAGCAGAGCCUCAACCUCUCCACCUCCCUCUACGGCAUCCAGAUCGCCGACCAGCAGGCGGCGCUGUCGGCGAGGAGACCGCUCUCCUCGCCCGUCGACAUGGAGCAGCUCCCCUCGGCCGCCGUGGCUUCGUCCAAGCCCUCCCCGCCAGAAGCGGAGGCCUCCACCAGUGGAGCUCCGCCUGCCGCCGAAGAGGGGGCGGGGUCAGACACGCUGACAAGUGCUGACGUGGCCUCUGCCAACGCCAUCCUGCACGUGAAGCCCAGCAUCAUGAAGAGGAGUUCCUCCUUCAGGAAGCACUACUCCUGCCACCUGUGCAGGAGUCGCUUCAACCAGAGGAGCCUGCUUAGGGAGCACCUCCUGCAGCACACCCAAGCGCUGGCACAAAGCUCAGGGGAGCUCAACAGCGCCCCCUCCCCUCUAAUGCCUGCUGACCAGACCAUGCUGGAUGGAAGCAAAGCCAGCACCUCCGUGGAGAUCAUCAGCGACAGCGAGCAAACGCCUGCCUCGGGUAACAACUCCGACUCCCCCCGAGCUGAAGUGUCCACCUCAGGGUGGGGGGUGGGCGGUUUAAACUCCCAGGCGGACACGCCGCCCCCGUCGGACAUUGCGGACAUCGACAACCUGGAGAGCGCCGACCUGGACCGCGAGCUGAAGCGGCGGAAAUACGAGUGCUGCACGUGCGGCCGCAAGUUCAUCCAGAAGAGCCACUGGCGCGAGCACAUGUACAUCCACACGGGCAAGCCCUUCAAGUGCAGCGCCUGCGGCAAGAGCUUCUGCCGUGCCAACCAGGCCGCGCGCCACGUGUGCCUCAACCAAGGCGCCGACGCCUACACGCUUGUGGACCGGCAAAGCAUGGAACUGUGCGCGGCGGGCGACGACAGCAGCCAGAUGGAGGCCAUGUUCCUGGCCUCCUCCAAACCCUACAAGUGUAACAUCUGCGCCACCACCUUCUCCAGUCCCAACGAGGUCAUCAAGCACCUGUGCUUCACCCAGGGGGGCUUGGUGGGGCUGCAGGGGAACGCCACAGCGGGAAUGCUGACGCAGCACGAGGAGGUUUCCAAAGACGACGGAUCCGAUUUGUCCAACUCGGCCACGCCGCUCGACGCCAUCAAGGCUGAGGACGUGCUGGUAGAGUAGCGACACCACUUUUCCCAAAUGAUCUUUCAUGGGUAAGCUAACAGACGUCAGGCAGGGUUUGCGUUUGUCAGCCGGUUGCAUUCACAGGGAGACGACCGCCAUCUCGCCUCACCUUGCUGGAGCUGCGCUGAGGACUUUCAAGCUACUGACUGCUUUCAAACAGGAAGCGAGAGGCCCGACUUUGAGAUGUUGUCUGACUGCACACAACAAAACAUGCUUUUGCUGCAGGGAGACUAAAGAGGACAAACGCCCGAGACAAUCUGUGCUCUUGCUGUCUUCCUUAACCCCAUUUACUCAACACGAGCUGCAACCUUUCAUGUGUUGACUUUGGUGUUUGUGUCUGUCCACCACUGGAGAAAGCACACUUACUUUUAGCAGUAUCAGAGUUUGGGCCACUCUCUUAACUAACAAACAAACUUAACUAAACAAACAAACAUAUGGAAGCCUGUUUCUGCUGCUGAAAGAAAAAUAAUAUCCCAAUAGGAAGUCCAAAUUAAGAGAUAAGAAAGUCAUAAUUACAAGAUAAAAAGUUGGAAUUAGGAGAUAGAAAGUCAUCAUGAGAUAAAGUCAUAAUUAUCAGGUAAAAAGUCCACAUUUUCAGAUACAAACAGCCUUCUUCACUUGAGCCUUCGUCACAUGGCACAUGUGCGAUUUGUAUGUCAUACAUUUUGACUUUUUAUCUCAUUUUGAAUGUUUAUCUCAUCAUUUUGAUUUACUGUGGGGAUGUUUUAUUUUCUUUCAGUGGCGCAAACAGGCUUCCAUACAAAAAUGCAGAUUUCCUCUUGUGCCAUUUCCAUUAUUAUUUUUUGAUACUCCAUCCUCACACAGAUCUUAUCUUUUUCAACCAACUUGAAUCCACUCCCAAAGCCCCUUAAAUAUUUUUCACACUAGUUUUUGAUAAAUUCACAAAGAACCUAUGAAGAGAAAAUGUAGCUUUUAUGUGUAGAGUUCCAUUAGGGAUGGGCAAGAAGGACCAUUAACAUAACUGUAGCCUUCAAUAAUGAUCUUUUAGAAUGAUUUUAUUAACAGAAGCGAUUGCCCCGCUAGGAAUAAUCAAUAUAGUUGUCAUUUCAUAGGAUCCAUCUCUCUAUAAUAUUGUAGUAAGAUACAAUUCCUUAUAUCGUCCAAAGAAAAGCAUGCAUCUCCAGAUUGUAUUUAUUUAAAAAAAAAAAAGAAGCUAUUUUUGCAAUCCCCCCUGCCCAAAAAAUGUUUUUUUUAUGGGAAAAAAAGUCCCAAAAAAUGUGGAGGUGUGUGCUAUUCCUUAAACACAAACAUUUUUGUUUAAUAUGCUGUCCUUUACAGACAUUUUUACACAAGCUAAAGAUGGUUUCCACAGGUCGAGUCGAAGUUUUAAGUUUUUUGUUCUUCAAAAAAAAGGGCACAGAGAGAACGUUAAAAAGCUGUGGUUAUGUUCUUGCAGUGUACCGCUAGGUGGCGCUGCUGAAAGGUCCAGCAUUCUGAUCAUUCAAAAAAAAAAAACAUCUUCAGUAAUUGUGUGCGUGCGCGUGUGCGUGUUUAGACAUGUGGCUAUCUCAGGAAGUUGAGAAGUUUGACACCGUCCUGUCUGUCCCUCACCUUGUUUAUAGAGACAUGACAUCAGGACUAGUCCAUCCCAUAAUACUUGAGUUAAUACAUGAUGUCCCCACCCUCAAUGCUCAUCUGACAUCUACUGUGAUCAAAGUGCUCUCAGGAAUGCGAGUCUUUUUAUUUUCUUUAUCAACUACUUUGUUUUGUUUUUUAAGUGAAGAGCAGACAAUAAAAUGUCUUUUUAUUUCACUUCUCUUUUUAUUUCACUUGUUUUAACUUUCUUAUGCAGAGUCUGAGUGUUAUGAGCAUACCUUGUACACUCAAGACACCUCAGCAUUGGGAAAAAAACGUUUUUAAAAGUUUUUAUAUGGUAGCAAUGUUUUUAUUGCUUGUAGUUUUUAAAAUUAAAAUCCCCAAAACCAAAGAAAUAUUUUUCUAGUUUAUCAAAAUGUAAUUUUUAAUUCUAGAAAGCUUAUAGAAAAAAGAUCUAUAUUUUGUGUAAUUUAUAGUUGAUUUAUGUUUUUUAAAUCAAAAGUUGGGUUUUUUUUUUACCUUUACCUUUUAUAUAAUCAGAAAAUGCAGAUUAUACUAACAUCUUUUCCAUCAUCAGGGAUGAAAAUGGAAGCAGACACUUUUAUUUCCUCCCCUCUCAAACUUUAUUGAAUGAAAUAUAGACAAGAUUCUGUAUUGUUACUAUGAACAGCUUGGAAAUAUAAAAGACAGUUAAAACCAUGCUUAGAUGAAUAUUACAGUUGAACGGCUGUCGGAAGGAGAUUAGUUAUAACAAUAAGUACAUACAGUACAAGAGCAUAACAUACAAUCUGUACAAAUGUUAACAGACUCCACAAUUAAAGUGUGUUACAAAAAGCUACAAGCUGCUGAGAUCAACUAAGUCAAUGCAGUUGGAUUUUUUUUUUUUGUACAAAAAUCAAGGAUUGAUACAGCCACUGAGUGAUUUACUUGGUAAUAAUGUGCUGUUACUUGAUGAAAAAAUACGGUCAAGUCAAAAACUUCACGCACUACCUUCUGCAGCCACCAGAGGGCGUCAUUUUACCAGCAAACCGAGUGAGAUCUUUUUUAAAGCUAGCUCGACCUCAUGAUGCGCGAUGGUGAUAAAAUAGCAUCUUAUUCUAUUAUUACAAGAACAUAAUGAGUGAUAAGGUUGUUUCACAGUAAAUUAGGCAGCUUAUGUUUUCCUUAUAUACAUUAAAAAGCGAAAAGAUGACCCCCGAAAAUGCUGUAAUUUGGAUGUUUUGCAGUAUGGGAAUCACAGUUUGUACCAUGGCUGCUACAAAACCAUUCAAGGCGUCAGUCCUUUUAUGCAACAAUUUGCUUUGGUAAUCUUGUUGUUGCGCACACUGUAUGCAUUAUUUUAAGGGGGAAAAAACAAAACAGGGCUCAAAAUGAAAAAAUAAAGGGCCACUGAAAGUGUAUUGGAGAUAUAAAUACAAUAUACAAGAUAAGAAUCCUCCAUCUGUUUACCUUUCGAUAUACUCUGACACCUAUACAGAUCACACACCCCACACACACACUCACUCACACGGAGGUAAACACUCGUCCAGGUGGGUGAUGCUUGCCUCAUUACAGCAAUAGAAGAGGUCACUGAGACACUGCUGGAUGCUGGGUGGUUUUGGGUGGAUGGAUGGCUGGAUGGAUGGAUGAAUGAGAGGAUUACUCUCUCGGGGCAGGAAGGAGUGGAGCCCAGUCUCAGUGUCUCAGUGUCUGCGUUAGCACCGAGCAUCCUCUUUCUUUUUGUCUUCUCUCGUCCUCUUCCCUCUCGUCCUGGUGCAGACGGGACGUCUCCCAGGCGACAUCUGGGCACAGAGGACAAUGUGUGUCAUGAAAUGGACUUGACGUGUUCAUCAUAUGGGAUUAAAGCUUGACCACACGCUCCAGGGGUCAUAUCAUUUUUUGUUUUUUAGAUUAAUAUUACGUCAGAGGGAGUUUUUCUUUGCCUGUUCGUGUGGAGUUUGUCUGGUUUUCUUUAACGUGAGGGGCGUGGUUCAUGUGUAAAGUGCCUUGAGAUAACAUCUGCUGUGAACUGGAGCUACAGAAAUAAAACCACCUUCCAGUAUACAGUACCCGUCAAAAGUUUGGAGACAUUGUGUCAUUCAAAAGUAUGCAAAAGUGUCUCAAAACUUUUGACUAAUACUUUAUACUGGAAGU